GCUGUGAAAUUAAAAACAAACUUGACUCAUUUAAGUUUAUUUUCUUUUUGCCAUUAUAAGUAAACAGAAUAUGCUCGAAAACUGCCAAAAACAUCACAUGGUAUUGGGCCUUACCGCCCUGACUCUAGUCACCAUACUAGUGCUAAUAAUUGAGUCCCGUUAUGCAGCAGAGGGCAGCUUGGCUCGACGUCGUGGCGAGAAGUAUGUCAUCGAGAAUAAUUCGACCUGCUGGAAACACGAGACCUACACCGUUGUCCAGGAGUGUCAUCCUUGCUCUGAGUUCGAUAUUGUGAGUCGCAGCCUUGGCGUCUGCAUUCACACACACUACAAGGAGGUGCUGCGCUGCAAGAGCGGCGAAAUUGUGACCAAGAGUUGCGAUCGAGUGGCUCUCAUUGAGCAGCGCAAUUUCAUCAAGUUCGAAGCUAUUGCAUUCGUGUUCGGAGUGCUCAGCUAUUUGGUGAGCUAUGCCAGGGAUCGUGUGCUCUCCAGGCGCAACUACAUGCGCAUCGAACGACAGUUGAAUCGGGUGCAAUAGUCGAGCAAUCAGCCAUUUUAAUGGAUACUCAUCACACUGUAUAUAGAAGCAUAUACGAUACGAAUUGACUAAUAUUGUAAACGAUUUGCAUAAUUUAUUUAGUUGUAAGUACAUUAAAUUCACACACACUUAACUAAUA